CCUACAACAAAACAAAACAAUCCAACCAACAUAUACACAUAUCUCCUUAUCAUUCCCUUAACAAAGCAAAUCUUUUAUAGGUACAAGUUGUGUUGCAUUGACGCGUCCUUUUGAAGAUUUCAACUUCUUUUUUCUCUUCUGAGAGAGAACAUAUCUGGGCUAGGCAUUUCUUCAAACAGAGAAGGUAUUGAAAACGAAUCAGAAUUUCUAAUUGAUUGGGGUGAUUAGGUGAUCAUUUGUGCUUCUGGGGGUUGCUUAAUUAUAUUUUUGGUGGUGGUGGUGGAGGAAAGAUGAUGACAAUGGAAGGGAUGAUGGAUAUAGGGGUAUUGGAUGAUAUAAUAAGAAGGUUAUUGGACGGGAAAGGAGGAGGUAAACAGGUUCAAUUAUCUGAAGGUGAAAUUAGACAACUUUGUGUCAACGCUAGACAUGUUUUCCUGAAUCAACCUAAUCUUCUAAAACUCCACGCCCCUAUCAAGAUCUGUGGUGAUAUACAUGGGCAAUACCAAGACCUUUUAAGGAUGUUUGAAUUUGGUGGUUUCCCUCCUUCUGCAAGCUACCUCUUUCUUGGAGACUACGUUGAUCGUGGUAAACAAAGCUUAGAAACCAUCUGCUUACUGUUGGCCUACAAAGUUAGGUAUCCCGACAAGCUAUUUCUUUUAAGAGGAAACCAUGAAGAUGCAAAAAUAAAUAGGAUUUAUGGUUUCUACGACGAGUGCAAAAGGAGGUUUAAUGUUCGGUUGUGGAAGAUCUUUACUGACUGCUUUAAUUGCUUGCCCGUGGCUGCUGUCAUUGAUGAAAAGAUCUUCUGCAUGCAUGGGGGUCUUUCUCCAGACUUGGAAAAUCUAAAACAAAUAAAUGAUAUCAAAAGACCAACUGAGAUCCCUGAUGCUGGUCUCCUAUGUGAUCUGUUGUGGGCUGAUCCUGACCCUGCAGUUGAAGGAUGGCAAGACAGUGAUCGAGGUGUGUCCUGUACCUUUGGACCUGACAGGGUUAAGGAGUUCUUAUCUAAGAAUGAACUAGACCUAAUAUGCCGGGGUCAUCAGGUGGUCGAGGAUGGAUAUGAAUUCUUUGCCAAAAGGAGAUUAGUUACAAUAUUUUCGGCUCCAAACUAUGGUGGGGAAUUUGAUAAUGCAGGUGCUUUGAUGAGUGUUGAUGAAGCUCUAAUGUGUUCUUUCGAGAUAUUGAAACCAAUGGAACAUGAUCCUCCUGCAGGCAGUUCUAGUUCUUCAGGGUUGACGCUUAAGAAGUUACCGAAAGGUUCAAAAUGAAAGUCUGAUCAAGCAUGACAACUAACGACAGUUUCUGAAGAUUUGGUGAAGUUCAUGAGAAGUUAGCUUAUUUUGUUGGGACUGGGGAUUAUUUAUUUGUCAAAUGAUUCUUGUUUAGAGAAGCCUUGUGAAUCCAAUCAACAGUGAUGAACAAAACAUGCAGGAAAAAAGAAGAAAGUGAAUCGUGUCAAUUAUUGAUAGCAAUUCAGAGUAUUAUACGCCGUGUGUAUAGAUUAAAAAUUGCACGAUGUCCUCUGUACAGACGGAGAGAGUCUUCUUUGUUUGGUUGCUUUCACAGAAAAAUGAACACCUAAUUGUUUGAUAUCUACUCUUUUAGUUUUGGUAACAUUUCUUGGGAAAGCUAUUCACGUUUGAUUUGCAGCCAAGAAUUCGAGGGAAGCGUGGUUCACAAAUCUCAUAACCUUUUUAUUUUCUUUC